CAUAAAUCUAUCAAAAAAAGCAUGGACGCAGUGUUGCUCCAAUAGACAAGUCAUAAUGCAGUAGGUUUAUAGGGACCUGGCAGGCAUAUACUGCUAAUUACAAGGAGCUAAGGAGUCUAGUGUUUGCAGUGAUAAGAUCUUUAAAGGUUAAAGAAACUGACAGAUAUUAGUAAAGUUAAAUUAAAGGUAGUUAUACUUACGGCUCUUAGAUAAAAUAAUUAUCAAAUCCACCCCAUUUUAAAGAUGUUUUUGUGGGAGAUCAAAGAUAUUUGCCAAAAUCAUCGCCACAGGUGUCCAGUGCGCAUGUGCAACGAAGAGGAUGCAACAGAGGAGAUUGAUGAACGAUAAACAUGAUACAUGCGUACACGUCUAAAAAUGGAUCACCUUUCCACGCCACGCGCUUGAACCAGAAGCAUAUCUAGUAGCUGUCACAGGAAGUCGUCCUGUAUCAACUCUUUAGAUCCGCUCCACCACCAGAUCUAUUUAUAGAUCUGUAAUGUUACUGUAGUAUAUGUUGUCCACGGGAAAACAAAAGCUUUAAAAUACACAAAAAUAAUUAUCGAAUUUAGGGCACUAAGGUGAACCACGAUGGAACUUAGUGAUGGGAGUUAUCUUUCUUUGGUUCCAAGUGAAAUGGAUGAUCCAUGGAAAGAUCUGACGGAUCCAAUUUUAUUGACACUAUUCUCCUACCUGAAUGUACAAGAAUUAAACAAUGCUGCCAGGACUUGCAAGAAUUGGUGUCGUAUUGCUCAAGAUGAAAGUUUAUGGAGAAAUCUGACUUUAAAAAGACUUGGAUGUCAAUAUCUGCGCAAGGAGGAUAGUUGGAAAUUGGAGCUGAAACGUUUAAUUUGUCACGUCCCAGUGCAUCUGCACCAAACAUGCACAGAUCACGUGGACGAGGUCUACAAUGUAUGCUUCUCUAACAGUGGAAGUCUUAUUGCUACGUGUGGAGCAGACGGCAUUGUAAAUAUUUGGAAAUAUGGGAUUAACACAGUGUUGUUAAUUUCAAAGAAAGUUACAGACGACCCUGAUUAUGUGAACUACGUUGAGUUUAACGAUGCAGAAACACACCUUCUUGUUCAUUCUACAAGCAGAAGUCUCGAAUAUGACAGUACAUUAGCUGUGCUUUCCAUCCAAAGAGAUAUUAUGUAUAUCGUGGCAGCCAGACAUUCCGGCGUACGACAUUUCAGAGGAACAUGGCUGAACAAUGAAACCUUCUUGAAUGUAAAUAAAUCCGAUCUUUUCCCUCCUUAUGACGUAGUAUUAACCGCAUGCAGGUUUCAUGAAGACGUCUUUGAUGAAGAUGACCGUCUUUUAUCGGAGCUACGGAUCCCGGACUGUUUCUCAAAACAAAAUGUAGACACAAAAGAUCUUCUAAAAAUUGAACAAGUAGGGUUCAAUCCUGAUUUUGUUAAAGUCAUAGACUGGUCAGAGUGGAAUUCUUCGUCAAAUGAACCAAAGGACAGUUCUGCCACAAACGUGAUAGUUAUAGCGCUCUACAAACAGAGGCUAGAUCGGUCUGGUGAAAACGGAGCAGUGUUUUAUAAAGUUAGCUUAGAUUCGUUAGAAUCCUUGGUGAUAGAGCCAAUCAAAACUGUUUUAACAAAUAGUGCGUGUCUGGGAGUUCAGCUUUCCGCUAAUCACAGGUACAUGGUAUACAACUUGAGGCGACUUUCAACUGAAGGGGUCUACAUCAUGCACGAGAAGGAUGUCGUUACCAUGGUGAUCAGUCUGGAAAACACUGAAGAGCAACCGGAAAUAUUUUGUGACCCCAAACCUGCAGAUGAUUCAUUAACAAUAUCUUACUUCUUUCCAAGUGUGUCUGAAGACCUCGUCGCAAAUGAAUCUGAACCGGAUGUUGUUUUCCUAUGGGAUCGUCACUCGCAUAAAGUCGUUUCCAGGUUACACCAUCACACUGGUGUGAGUGCUGUUGCCUUCCACCCACGUGACCAGGAAGUCCUAGCUAGUGUAGCAGACGAUAAAAAACUCAGAAUAUGGACGUCUUUGAAUAGAAAAGAGAGCUAUAUAAUUGAUUAAUAUCUGGAAUAUAAUGUCGCAUAGCGCCAUCAAAUUCAUUUUUUGUACAUUGGAUGUUUAUUUCGUGAUAGUUGUACCACCUAGAAAUCUUUUGUCUAUCAUUUAUAUCAACAAGAUUUUGCCUCAAACAAGUCCGUUAUGGAAAUGCCAAAUAUUUGUUAUUUUUGUGAAAUACAGGGAGAGGAACGAAUCACAAACAUCAUUGGCUAGCAAAGAUGCAUGUACACAUCAAGCUCUUAAAUACAAAUGUGUAAAAUUCAAUUGAGAAUACUUUCAAAUAAACUCUCCGUAAAUACAAUUAGGAUAAAUCUGUUUCAUGCACCUGAUUGAAUUCUACGUCUGGAAAAUCCAACUUUUAAUCCUAUAGCGCCAUGACAAAAGUAUUCCCAAUUUGUAAAAAAAAAAAAAAAAAAAAAAAAAAACGCGCUUCAAGGAACAUAAUAAUAUGUAUGAUGUGUAAUUAGAUUUCUCUCUUUGGUGUGCAGUGUAGAGAGGGUUCUUAAUACAACCAUU